AUGAAAAGAGGGAGAGCGGGAACUUUAAAAAACAAAAUGAGGAUUACCCUAUCACUACCAGUUGGUGCCCUCAUCAAUUGCUGCGAUAACAGUGGAGGAAAAAACUUAUACAUUAUUGCUGUGCAGGGAUUCGGAUCGUGUCUUAACCGACUACCUGCUGCUUCACUAGGAGAUAUGGUACUGGCUACUGUGAAGAAAGGAAAGCCUGAUUUAAGAAAAAAAGUUUUAAACGCAAUAAUUUGUCGUCAAUCAAAAGCUUGGAGAAGGCAUGAAGGAUAUUAUAUUUAUUUCGAAGAUAAUGCAGGUGUUAUUGUUAACCCGAAAGGUGAAAUGAAAGGAUCAGCAAUAACUGGACCUGUGGCAAGAGAAUGUGCAGAGUUAUGGCCUAAAUUAUCCUCGGCUGCUUCAGCAAUUGUGUAA